ACUGCUCGCUCGCUCGCAGCCGGACUUGGUCGCUCGCCAUCACUUGGUUGUUCUUGCUCGCUCGCUCGCUCUCCACGCCCCACUCCCUAGCCUUGACAGACCAGUGCCGAAGCCAUGUCGUUCGUCCGCCCCGUCUCUGCCCUCCGCACCGGUCUCGCUCUCGGCGUGCGGCCCCUCCACACCUCGCGUGUCGUCGCUGUUCAGGCGUCGAAGCGCAGGCAGGCCAUCUCGCCCGACGAGACGGCCGGGUUCAAGUACACCCCCGACAACGCCAUCUUCAAGGGCACUGUCAACGACCCGACCGACUUCCCCACGCCCAACCGCGCCCACGGCUCGUACCACUGGGCCUUUGAGCGCCUCCUCUCGGCCAGCCUGAUCCCCCUCACUGCCGCCGCUGUCGUUGCGUCGCCCACCGCCCACCCCCUCCUUGACGGAGCCCUCGGCGUCGCCAUCGUCAUCCACACCCACAUCGGCUUCACGUCGUGCAUUGACGACUACGUCCACGAGCGCAAGUUCGGCGCUCUUGGCUCGCUCGCCCGCUGGGCCCUCCGCUUCGGAACCGCCGGUGCCCUUCUCGGCGUGUACGAGUUCAACACCAACGACAUUGGCAUCACCGAGCUCGCCAUCAAGCUCUUCUCUGCUUAAAAAUGGGACCCCAAUGACGGUGUACAGUAGGAUAUGCAGCACUAUGGCAAGUGAGAAACAUGCGCUAGGGCCCUGUUGUGCAAAAGAGCAAAGGGCUUUGCGGCGACACACACCAUUCAUCGGGGUGUCACCAAUGACAGACUAUAUAAACAACAG